GUGCUACUAUCUCAACACCAAACCGGAAGUCAACCUAACUGAAAAAGUUGAAUGUAAUCAGUCGCGCCGUGUGGACUUAACUGUUUCCUCCUAAAGUGGAAUAAAGCACUUAUUGGUGUGUUACGUCUACUUUCAACAACUAGCUGGACUACAUUCUACAUGCCAACUCGCUCAUCGCUAAACUUACUCAUUAGUCAUGUUGUUAGCCGAUGUUAGCUCGCGCGGAUAAAAAAACGCGCUCCUUUGAUCUUUUUCUUGUGGACGAACAUUGAAUGGACGAACACAAGGAGAACAUCCACGCUGUGAACAUGUCUCACGAACACAAGGAGGACAUCCACGCUGUGAACAUGUCCCACGAACACAAGGAGGACAUCCACGCUGUAAACAUGUCCCACGAACACAAGGAGGACAUCCACGCUGUAAACUUGUCCCACGAACACAAGGAGGACAUCCACGCUGUGAACAUGUCCCACGAACACAAGGAGGACAUCCACGUUGUGAACAUGUCUCACGAACACAAGGAGGACAUCCACGCUGUGAACAUGUCCCACGAACACAAGGAGGACAUCCACGCUGUGAACAUGUCCCACGGACACAAGGAGGACAUCCACGCUGUGAACAUGUCCCACGAACACAAGGAGGACAUCCACGCUGUGAACAUGUCCCACGAACACAAGGAGGACAUCCACGCUGUGAACAUGUCCCACGAACACAGGGAGGACAUCCACGCUGUAAAUAUGUCCCACGAACACAAGGAGAACGUCCACGGCCAGGAGGUCGGCAUGAACAUGUCACACGGACACAAGGAGGACAUCCACGCUGUGAACAUGUCCCACGAACACAAGGAGGACAUCCACGCUGUGAACAUGUCCCACGAACACAAGGAGAACAUCCACGCUGUGAACAUGUCCCACGAACACAAGGAGGACAUCCACGCUGUGAACAUGUCCCACGAACACAGGGAGGACAUCCACGCUGUAAAUAUGUCCCACGAACACAAGGAGAACGUCCACGGCCAGGAGGUCGGCAUGAACAUGUCCCACGGACACAAGGAGGACAUCCACGCUGUGAACAUGUCCCACGAACACAAGGAGGACAUCCACGCUGUGAACAUGUCCCACGAACACAAGGAGAACAUCCACGCUGUGAACAUGUCCCACGAACACAAGGAGGACAUCCACGCUGUGAACAUGUCCCACGAACACAAGGAGGACCUCCACGCAGUGAACAUGUCCCACGAACACAAGGAGAACAUCCACGCUGUGAACAUGUCCCACGAACACAAGGAGGACAUCCACGGCCAGGAGGUCGCAGUGAACAUGUCCCACGGAGAAGAUGAGAAGGUGACACCUGGCAGCCCGAUAUGUCCGUCCGGAGACCAUGCCCCUGAGGCGAGCCAGUCCAACAGCGACUUCAGUCAUCCCGUCUACAAAGAGAUCGCCAUGGCCAACGGUCACAUCAACCGCAUGACCAGGGACGAGCUCCUCAGCAAGUUGGCGGAGCUGAAGCUGGACACCAGAGGCGUGAAAGACGUGAUGAAGAAGAGGCUGAAGAGCCACUACAAGAAGCAGAAGCUGACGCAGUCCACCGCCGAAGGGGGUCCACCGGCCGACACCUACUACGACUACAUCUGCGUGGUGGACUUCGAGGCCACGUGCGAAGAGGACAACCCGGCCGACUUCCUGCACGAGAUCAUCGAGUUCCCAAUGGUUCUCAUCAGCACGCACACCUUGGAGAUUGUGGAAACCUUUCAGGAAUAUGUCAAACCGGAAUUGAACCCCAAGCUGUCUGACUUCUGUGUCCAGUUAACAGGAAUAACACAGGAAAUGGUGGAUGCAGCCGACACCUUCCCAGAUGUUCUGCGGCGCGUGGUGCUGUGGCUGCAGCAAAAGCAGCUGGGCACUAAAUACAAAUACGCGUUCCUCACUGACGGAGCGUGGGACAUGAGCAAGUUCCUCAACAUCCAGUGUCGUACCAGCCAGAUCCGAUACCCGCAGUUUGCCAGGAGGUGGAUCAACAUUCGGAAGUCCUACGGCAACUUCUACAAGGUCCCGCGCACUCAGACCAAGCUGAGCACCAUGCUGGACAAGCUGGGCCUGGAGUACGAGGGCCGCCCUCACUCGGGCCUGGACGACUCGCGCAACAUCGCUCGCAUCGCGCUGCGCAUGCUGCAAGACGGCUGCCAGUUGCGCGUCAACGAGCGCAUGCACGCCGGGCAACUGUUGACGGUCCCCAGCUCGGCGACUUUGGAGGGAGCUCCGCCUCCUCGCUGGCCUCGUAACCGUAAGUAGCGACCCUCGGAGAAAGGCGCCACUUUUUAGCCGCGUUACACGCUCUGUGGCGGAGAAUGUUUAUUACCCAGAGAUCAUUCCGGGGUAGCACAACUCCCUCAAAACAUCUUGAAAGGAAUUCUCCCGGAAGAGCGUCCACACGAGAACAGUGCUCAUAAUGUGAUACCUGGUUUUUAUGUCUAUUUUAACAGAAAUAAAACAAUUUGUCACAGUUGUCCAACCUAAAAAACAUGCUUUUAUUUUGAAA